AUGAGCAGGUCUAUAGUCUGUAUAGAAGAGUUUAUCAGUACGUAUAAAAUCCCAAGCGAUAUCUGUGAGCGGUUUUUACCCUGUGAUCCUAACGUAUGCGUGGUGGAUGCAACAGAGUUCGAACGGUUCCGAAGAUCGCGAAAAAGACGUGCGGAAGAUAGUUCCUCCGAUACUUGUUGUUAUAAGAAUGGUGUUGCCAGGUUUGCCAACGUUUCGGAGCAAAACAGCAUGACAUUGGCCAGCUGGACUGCAGAGAGAGUUCAGUCGUCUUUGACAGCCAAGCCAACGGAAGACUUUGAUUGGGGUUCUUUUGAAAUCAUAGACUCGGAGUCUGGGGCCCUGACAUACGCGACUGAAGACGUUUCUCCGAUUUUGUGCAUGAGUAACGAAUUUGCCGAGGCAGACCGUACGGAGGUGGACGUUGUGGAGAUUCUUCAAAGCAGCGAUUUUCAACACUCCAGAUCCAACGCCAGCAGUCCACCUUUGGCACAUCUGGGGUGA